GAUUUUGUUGUUGUUUUGAACUGUCUAACUAACCUUAAAUAUAAUAACACCGGCUGAUUAUUGACACAUACAAAAGUCCUCAAAUAAAUAUUAUAAAUAAUAAUAUAAAUUUUAAAUAAAUAUUUAUCAUAAUGUUUUAUCAUAUAUCAUUGGAACAUGAGAUUCUCCUUCAUCCUCGUUAUUUUGGACCUCAAUUGUUGGACACAGUUAAACAAAAAUUAUACACAGAAGUUGAAGGCACCUGUACUGGAAAGUAUGGCUUUGUUGUUGCUGUAACAACAAUUGACAAUAUUGGAGCAGGUAUAAUUCAGCCAGGUCAAGGUUUUGUUGUUUAUCCAGUAAAAUACAAAGCAAUUGUAUUCAGACCAUUUAAAGGUGAAGUUCUUGAUGCUGUUGUUACACAAGUCAACAAGGUUGGCAUGUUUGCUGAAAUUGGACCAUUAUCAUGUUUCAUUUCUCAUCAUUCAAUACCAGAAGAUAUGCAAUUUUGUCCUAAUGUUAGUCCACCAUGUUACAAGUCAAAAGAAGAAGAAGUUGUUAUACAGGCUGAUGAUGAAAUUAGACUUAAAAUUGUUGGUACUCGUGUUGAUGCAACUGGUAUAUUUGCCAUUGGUACUUUAAUGGAUGAUUAUCUUGGAUUAAAUUGUUAAUAAAU